CAUUAUUUACAAAGCUUCAAAAAAUACAUCUUCAUCCCUGCCAAAGUUGGGAAAUGUGGCCAGAAGGCUGGCACAAUCUGAUUUAGUAAUUUGUUAGUUUUUAAUACAGUAGGUACAAUUAAUCAUAUGUCCCCGUAUCUGAAGAGCUACUUAUUGUAUGCAUGUCUUGUGUAUAUGUAGUGUUUCUAGACUUUAAAUAUUUGAGCCUUAAAAGUAGCUAAUAUGUUUUGAUUUUUGCAUUUUUCAGUUUUGAACAACUUGCAAUGGUUUUGUUUCAUAAAUUCUUUUCUUUCUGUCUCCUUAUCUAAGGAUAAGUAUUCAGAGUUCCUUUUUGUGUCUUUAAAUUCAUUAAAGGCUUCAGUGAGUUGGAUAGAGGGGUCCUAAGUAGACAAAUAAGGUGGGAAGGCAAUUGCUUCCUGUAUAUACCCUCAAUGCUGUUAGGUGUCAAUAUUUGUUUUUCUAAUUGAGCGCCAAUAUUAUUGCUCGAAGUCUCAAUUGAGAUCCUAACACCGACAUUUACCACCUUUCGAGUCACGUAAGCCAAUCGCGCGCAAUUAUAACCGGUACCCCUAAUUAAUGAAAUUCGAACAAUACAUGUUUAACCGUUUCUGGUUUCGGGAAUAUUAUCUGCUAGCCCUAUACUCUAAAACAUUAAAGUUCGUUAAGUAUAUAAAAUAGCAGAUCAAGUAGCCGUUAACAAAACGCAUCAGUUUUAUAAAGCAAUUUAAAUAAAACUCCUUUGAGUUUUUUUCUCAAACACACAUCGUAUUAACUGUUCGAUGUUUAAAAAAUAUGCGAUAGCUGGUUUUAGCGCGUUUUUUGACAUUGACCAACUUUUACAAAGCUUACGAAAACGCGUUUCGUUAUGACGCGUUUAGUUUAGUUUCGAAGACAGUUUUUGACGACUGCGCCGUACGGUACAAUAUCGCCAUACCUACUAACACUACAGUCAGGAAAUCAAUAACCGGACAUCCAUUUAUUCUCCGUUGUCCUGUCGUGUCUUGUUGAUGUAGUGAGUGCUAUUUAUCUCUAACCAUGGAUAACAUGGACGAAUUGGCCCGUCGACGGCAGAAUCCCGUCUUGCCGCGAUGUACGAACUGCUCGCUGACUCUAACGAAGAAACGCCGAAAAUAUCAUGUUGAAGAAUUGAACAUCGAAUCCAUUGAUCUCCUAAGGGGAUGGGUCAAGCCGACUGUCGUAACUCCCGAAGACAACUUAUGCACAGACUGUUUCGGCAUACUCCAGGACCGAGCGCUCGGUACUGACGGCGAAAUAGAUACAACACCAGCUUUCGGUCAUACCCAUGUAUGUCUGGGAUGUGGCGACUUCUUCGGGUCGAAGAAAAUUCAACCAGCUGUUGAUGAGAGCCCCGUAAAGGAUGUUAUUAUAGGAUGGACCCCCGAGCAUCUGCUGCCGCGACUGAAUAGAGUGUGCAUCACGUGCUGGAUGGUUGCAACCAGAGUGGCUCAGCAGAGAAAGAAGGCCCGCGAAGCCGAAGCCGCUGCGAAGAAGACCGAAGCGGCGGCGGUGGCUCCGCCCGAGAACAACUCCAUCAUUCCAGGAGUCGAACGACCCCCGCAGCCAUUGCAAAGUCUAGCAGAUCAACUGUCUCAAAACGAACGAGCGCAAGAGGAACCAGAUCCCCCAAUACGGAACCCAGCGCUAGCACAGCUCGUUCAAAAUCCAACUGCGACAGCACAACCUCAGGCACCUCAACCGAACGAAGAUGAUAGUGCCUGGUCAUCGCAAGCGCAGCCUGAAGAUUCCACUCAAGAUGGGACUGAGUGGUCCCAAAACCAAGCUGGAGCUUCUCAGGAUCCGGCAGAAUGGUCAUCACGAGGAGCGAACCAAGAACAUUCGCAAGAUGGGAUAGAGUGGACUGCACGGAUUAACGGAACAAUGUCAAACAACUGUGAGUGGUUGCCGGAAGCAACCGGUGAUGAGCUGUCACAGCAACGACCUGAUUGGCCAGCGGAAGCUCAAACAGAACAGGCACCGGAAACCGAACCGAUGCAGGUUGAACAACCGACAUAUCAGUCUACUGAGCCUAUCCAAGAGCAGAAUGCAGAGCCGGCACAGAAUCAAGUCGCGCAGCCGGUGCCAGCUCAACCUGCACAACCUGCACAACCUGCACAACCUGCACAACCUGCACAACGUGCACAACCUGCACAACGUGCACAACCUGCCGCGGCUCGGCCUGUGCAGGCGCCAUCUCUACUACAGGCGACACAUGAACUCAUGACUCCCGCCACAAAUCCCAAAAUUCAGUCCAUGCUGUACACUCGACUAUCAGCUACCUCUAGGUACUGUCUGGUGAGGCGUUGCAGGAACACCGCGCUCCUGCCCGUGCCAAAUGGCAUUAGGGAUGUCCUGCUUAUCGAAAAUAAGGUGUACGUGCCGCACAACGCAAUGGUUUGCCAACGCCAUCUGUACGUAGAUGACUGGCGCAAACUAAAAGGUAGGUUGAACGAUUUCUCACCCUUCCAAGUUGAUGAUAUUUUCAAGAGAUUGCAGAAGUACAGGCACCACACCAUUGAUUUCGAACGCGUUGAGAGAAUGGACCCCCAUUGGCGGUUCUACUAUCUAGGUCUGACUGUUGAACAAUUCAAUAAGUUUAUAAGGGAAAUACCGGAAUUGAGUCAUCAGUUGCGUAGACCGAGGCGAGCGUUGUCCAUAUUUUUAGUCGAUUUGAGGAAAAGGUGCGCGAGUAUGCAACAGAUGGCAGCACUGUUCAGUAUGCCGAGAGAAGCUAUGGAGAGGGACUUACGCGCCGUAAAGUACAUCAUGGCGAGUAUCGAUAGCGCGCUGUGGCAUUCUCUCUUCCCCCCGAAUCUAAGAGUUCGUCCACAUUAAAAUAUAGUAUUGUUUGUUUUCUUAUGCGUUAUUAAAGUUGACGAUUUGAGCG